AAAGGUCGAGGUUGGGCUGGUUCUGGGUCAAAUAUACUGGAAAACAGCCGAGCUCAGGCACGAUUUCAACCCUCACUGUCUAUCUAAUCCUCGUCUCUCUCUCUCUCAUGGGGGCUCUGAGACUGCACUCUCUCACAUCAAUCUUCGCCGCCUCCUCUUCCUCCGCCGCCAUCUCACACCGCUCAGUGCGCUCACCGUCAAUUUUCCGGCGCCACCACCGUCUCCGCCUCCCUCCGCGGCGGCUGACCACCGCCAGCUUCUCUGCCCAGAGCACCGCCGAGAAAGAUGCUCCUAAACAGACCGAAGACCCAAAGUCCCGAGUUCAAGACCGAGUCAUCACGCCGAGGUCACAGGACUUCAAUGCUUGGUACCUCGACGUCAUUGCCAACGCUGAGCUGGCCGAUUACGGUCCUGUAAGGGGUACUAUGGUCAUUCGACCCUACGGUUAUGCCAUUUGGGAGGCAAUUCAGGAUUAUUUGAAUGUUAAGUUCAAGGAGACUGGUCACAGUAACAUGUAUUUCCCACAGUUUAUACCAUAUUCAUUCAUAGAGAAAGAAGCUAGCCAUGUUGAGGGUUUCAGUCCAGAAUUGGCUCUUGUGACCAUUGGAGGAGGAAAGGAACUUGAAGAAAAACUUGUGGUUCGACCCACCAGUGAAACCAUUGUGAAUCACAUGUUUACUCAGUGGAUUCAUAGUUACCGUGACCUUCCUCUUAUGGUCAACCAGUGGGCAAAUGUCACAAGAUGGGAGAUGCGCACCAAACCCUUUGUGAGAACUCUUGAAUUCCUUUGGCAGGAGGGCCACACUGCCCAUGCCACUCCAGAAGAGGCAGAGAAGGAGGCAUUACAGAUGAUUGAUGUCUAUACAAAAUUUGCUUAUGAGGAAACUGCAAUACCUGUUAUUGCAGGUCGAAAAUCAAAAUCGGAGACUUUUGCUGGUGCUUCUAAGACCUACACGAUCGAGGCUAUGAUGGGUGAUAGGAAGGCUCUUCAGGCGGGGACCAGCCACAACCUUGGACAGAAUUUUUCUCGUGCUUUUGCAACGCAGUUCACGGAUGAAAAUGGGCAAAGGCAACAUGUAUGGCAGACAUCAUGGGCUGUCAGUACCCGUUUUGUUGGUGGUAUUAUCAUGACUCAUGGAGAUGAUGCUGGUUUAAUGCUUCCUCCAAAGAUUGCCCCAAUACAGGUGGUAAUUGUCCCAAUUUGGAAGAAGGAUGAUGAGAAAACAGGAGUUCUUAAUGUUGCAUCAUCUGUCAGAGAAGUUUUGAAGACUGCAGGGAUCAAAGUGAAAAUUGACGAUACAGACCAGAGAACUCCUGGAUGGAAAUUCAAUUUCUGGGAGAUGAAGGGAGUUCCUUUGAGGAUUGAAAUUGGUCCCCGUGAUGUUUCAAGUGGGAGUGUGGUCAUAUCUAGGAGAGAUGUUCCUGGAAAACAAGGAAAAGUUUUUGGGAUAUCCAUGGAAGCUUCAAGUUUGGUCGCUUAUGUAAAAGAGAAGUUGGAUGAAAUCCAGGCAUCACUUCUGGGGAGAGCGACUUCAUUUCGCAAUAGCAACAUUGUCGAUGUAAAUUCGUAUAAUGAGUUGAAAGCGGCAAUUGGUGAGGGGAAAUGGGCGAGGGGUCCCUGGUCAGCUAGCGACAAAGAUGAGUUAAGGGUGAAGGAGGAAACAGGGGCAACCAUCCGGUGCUUUCCUUUUGAACAGCCUGAAGGCAGAAACAAGACAUGUUUGAUGACUGGCAAUCCAGCAGAGGAAGUUGCGAUUUUCGCCAAAUCGUAUUAAAGUUCUGGGCAGGCAUGCACUUAUAUUCAUUUUCUGGUAUCUAUUUGUCAAACCGUAUUGUUGGGGAUUCCUUGCUCGUAAUUUAUAGAACUUAGGUAGUACUGAGCUGUGUAUUUUUAAGAAUUAUUUUGUAGUGUUUAGUUGAUAGCACAUUACAAGUCAUGAUUUUUGUAGGAAAUGUAUUUAUCAAAAAAAAUUUUCCUGGGGAAAUGGAAUAAGUUUGGAAUGAUGAUUGAAGACCUGGAA